AUGCCUUCCGGAGACAUCUUUUCUGAGCCCAUUGGCACCGGGGCACCUCCAGGCACCAUCUCUGCCCGGAGUGACCAUCCGGUUCCGAGAAAGGGCAUCACCUCGAGCUCGCCGCUUCAGACCAACAAGUUUUACUCCAACUUCUUCCUGGGAGACCAGACGGCGCCGACGUACACCUAUCCUUACGGCAUAGCAUGGGGGGCAGGACGAGGGGCCGCUGCCAGCUACGGCAUGACUAUUUCCCACAUCGAAGCGAGUCAGCGAGUCUUUGGCCCGACUAAGGCGGACUCUGGAGCUGCGUCUUAUUUCAUCAACCCGGUAGGUAUUCAAUCAAUUGUAAUCAGCGCUCAGGAGCUCGGGUCGGACACCGCAGUGGGAAUCGACAGCGUCACGGCAUUCUCUGCGACAAUUCACCUGAAGCCGAAUGCCCAAGCUGUGCCAGCGGUUUCUUUCCCUCUCGUCCAAGGAAUGCCCUUCAUCACAGCCCAGUAUGCCGGCGCCACCCCCGUGAUCCGCACCGGAGUCUUCUUCAGAACGGUUACGCGGGUGACACAGGACCCCAAGGCCGGCGUUGCCAAGUACACUUUCCAGCUCGAAGACGGCAAGAUCUGGCGGUUGUACGCCUAUGCAACCACCGGAUCGCAGCUCAACCUGCAGGUUGUCAACAACGGUCUGGCCCAAUCGACGCAGCCGUUCUACGGAAUCAUUCAAGUCGCCAAGGAUCCCGGAAACGGAGAGGCUUUGCUUGACCAGGCGGCCGGUGUUUAUCCCACGACAGUCGCGCUGUCUGGUUCAGUGAGCGGCACCACGGGCUCAUAUACGUUCAAGUUUGCCAAGGAUGGUCAUCCCGACGGCAAGCUGGUCAUGUACGCGCUGCCGCAUCAUGUCUCCUCAUUUGAUUCUACGACGAGAAAUGGCGUUCAACCAGUUCAACUCAUGACUCCUGCCAAGGGAAUUGCGACUGCAGUCUUGGCUGACCAGUGGACGAUGCAAGAAUCGAACUUGCCUGUUAGCAUGGGUUUCGCUCCUUGGAGCCCUGACAAGGGUAGUCUCACCACGCUGUCUGACAAUGCCAAAGUUGUGAUCCGCGGGAUAGCAGCCCAGGAGGUAUCCCAGGACAUGAUGGCUCAGUCUGAUCUGGACUCCAUGUACUUCAGCGGAAAGGCAAGUCUUCUUCAGAUGCCUGCCCUGGCUAAGUUUGCCAUACUGAUUAUUGUGAUCAAUGACAUUUUGGGCGACCCGGCAUUGGCGCAAUCAGGCCUGAACAGGCUCAAGGCGGCGUUUGCAACGUUUGCUACUAACAAACAAAAGUACCCGUUGGUAUAUGAGAACCCAGGCGCUUGGGGAGGUGUCGUGUCUUCGGCAACCUACGUCACGGGCAACGACGGCGCCGACUUUGGCAACACGCAGUACAAUGACCAUCAUUUCCACUAUGGCUAUCAUAUUCUUGCAGCCGCAGCCAUUGCUCAUCUGGACCCGAGCUGGCUGAGUGCGAACAAGGACUAUGUGAAUGCUCUGGUGCGAGACGUGGCCAACCCUAGUACCCAAGAUACCUAUUUCCCUACGUGGCGUGCUUUCGACUGGUACCAUGGCCACAGCUGGGCUCAUGGUCUGUACGCCUCGUACGAUGGAAAGGACCAAGAAUCAAGCUCCGAAGACAUGAUGCACGCCUACGCCCUCAAGAUGUGGGGUGACGCUUCGGGCGACAGUAUGCUCUCGUCGCGAAGCAACCUCCAGCUCUCCAUCAUCGCCCGCGCCCUCCAGGACUACUACCUCUACAAGAGCGACAACGCCGUGCAGCCACCCCAGUUUAUCGGCAACAAGGUGGCCGGCAUCCUCUUUGAGAACAAGAUUGACCACACGACCUACUUUGGCGCUAAUAUCGAGUUCAUCCAGGGUAUCCAUAUGAUUCCCCUCCUCGCGCCCUCGCCGUUUGUCCGCACGCCGGCCUUCGUCAAGGAAGAGUGGGACGUGUACUUUAGCAACGGACGCGUCGAUACUAUCGCGGGCGGCUGGAGGGGUAUCAUCUAUGGAAACCUUGCGACGAUUGACGGUAAGACGGCGUGGAACUUUUUCAACAGCUCCAACUUUGAUCCUAGCUGGAUCGACGGCGGCGCGAGUUUGACGUGGUACUUGACGUAUGCAGCGUUGAUGGGCAAUGUCUGA